ACGACAACAGCUCUAUUUGUUUUCUUCCUGCCCGAGUUUUACGAUUGUGAUUAUUUUGUGAUUACUCCAAAUAAUAUUUUUUGGAAUUGAUCCAAAAUAUUAAAAUCGUAUCUGUUUGUGUGUACACAGUGGUUGAAGUCGUCGUUUAUUUGUGACUCUUUCGUUUUCCUUUGUCUCAUGGAGUUUGCGUUACAUCCAUUUUAAUUUUUAUCGAUGUGAAGUGGUUUGUGUAUGUCUUUUCUUCUGUGAUUAUUUUUACGAACAAGUUUUAACUAUGGAAAUGGAAGUCCCGAGUCCUGAAAACGGGCCGAAACAGGAUCUAAAUGACAGCGGAUGCGUCCAGGAUACAUCACUACCUGAUAAUGGCUACGUUAGCAACGUGAAGUUCCUCGACCUGUCCGAUGACGCUCUCCUCUACAUCUUCAAGUACUGCGAUCCGAUGACCUUGAAAGCUCUCGGAUACAUUUGUCCACGGCUCGGAGCGUUAGUCUGUGAUCGGACGCUGUGGCAGCGCGUGGACGCUAGAACUACACCGAUGGGCAAGAAGCGAGUUCGUUGGAUGCUGAACACUUGCCUCACGGAUAGCACCACCGAGCUCAAGAUACGUGGAUACGCUAACAAGUUUAGCAGAUGCCUGGGCAUCCAAGACCUACAAUGGCCUGUUCCAGCUAAAUCAACUGGCAUUGACGUCGAGCAUUUCUUACUGCGUAUGUGGUAUCCUCAUUUACCUCGAAGAGAUAUAAUUCUGGCCAAUCUCGCUGAACAAAGCUACCAACGGCUGCAGUUGUUCGUGGUGCCACCUCGCUGGCCGAAUAAGGCACAACUUGAGAAACGAGCUAAGAGGCUAGAAGAGAAGCGUAAAACAGAAGCUUCUAGCUCCAAAGAAGGCGCCACCAAAGAAGAGAGGCCGUACGAGGAUGGUUUCCCGAAAGACCUUGAUGAUGGUCUCUCCAAGGAGUGCAAGGGACCACUGUUCACUUUCUCCGCUGCUAUUUGGAGGGAUUUACAGAAGACUUGCGAGAAUUUGACCACGCUGUUCUUAGAGUAUUGUAACAUCGAUUAUCGGACGACGAAUGUCCGGCUAUUCCCCAAAAAGCUGAAGAAGUUGUCUAUGCGCGGCACUCGAUGCUUCAACUUACCUCUAAAUGUGUCGUACCUGACUAAAAUCCAUGAAGUCCUGCCUAAUCUAGAGUAUCUAGACGUGUCGGAGUGCGAUUGGUUCGAGCCCGCCUCGCUGAUGACUAUAAGCAAGCUCGCCAACCUGACCGAGGUCUACAUGAGGGACUGCAGACGCUUGACCGAGUGUGUAGCCUACGCUUCGCUCUCGACAAGAUACGGUUUCCGAAAGUUACGGGUAUUCGACUCCCGUGGUUCCCCGCUAGCGGACUCCGAGAUAUCCUUGCUGGGUUGGUUACCACAGCUCGAGGAACUCUACUGUUCGCCCCCAGACGUGUUGAACACCCUAUCUGAACAUACCCACUCCUGGGAUGACUCUAAAAAUGUGAUCCCCGAACUCGACGAUUGGGAGACUGACGUAAGUAUUCUUUUAUUGACUUCAAAAAUGGAGGUGACCUCUAUGUAUCGUAUUGUCAUAGUAAUCCAACCGAACACGGCGCGGCUAAUCAACGGCCAAUUGGGGAACCUGCGACGUGAAGAACCUCAACCGGGCCCGGAUCAACCGGGCCCUGCUCAACCGGGCCCUGCUCAACCGGGUCCAGCUCAACCAGGCCCAGCUCAACCAGGUCCCUCACCUCAAGCGGGCCCGUCUCAACCGGGUCCCUCGCCUCAACCGGGUCCCUCAGACCAACCAGAAGCGGGUCCAUCGAAACGACGCGCUGAACCGGAUGAACCCAACGACAGUAAACGACCUCGUAUGCAAGACAAUGACGAUGACAACGCAGAUGACGACGACGAUGACCAAAUGUUCCCAAUCUCGAAAUUCCGGUGUGUAAACUUUGAAAAUAGGCCAUUUGAAUGCUCGCUCGACUAUCGUGAACGACUGUCUGCAGAACUAGGGUACAAUGAAGACACGGGUGCAAGGACGAGUAUAGGAUAUCACCUUGUCUCAGACACGGCGAUAGAACGUUUCGGUAGAGCGGCGAACGAAAAUAUUAACUACAUACAUCUAGGCAGGUUUAGGGGCAACCCCAAUGAGAUACCACCUUUCGAUUAUAGGCCUGAUAGGGCUAAUUUGAGGAUCUUAUCCGCGACCGGUUAUAGGCAGAUCACUAAUAGGAGUUUGGAGCAUUUAGCGACCGCAGCGCCACAUUUACUUCACGUAGAUUUCACUGAUACAGCGGUCACUGCAAAUGGCGUCGAAAUUUUUAAGGCUAUAAGACCAAAUUGUGAGGUCAUUUUUGGACCUCUCGACAGCCAGAAUAAUUAAGUUUUUGUUUUUAAAGGGCUUAGUGUCAGUUUACGUUUAAAGAGACCACGGUCGCUAUGGUUGGUUGGUUCAUCAGCCAAUCAGAGCGCUGGACGCGGUCUCGUCGAUCUCGAUAAACGUACAACUCGGACUAAGUUAACACCUAUGUUAGUGUCUUUGGUCGAGUAUCGGGUUUAGUAUAGAU